ACCAUUCUCUUUGGUGCGUCGUCUCUCUCUCCCAAUCUCUCCCUCUCUCUCUGUAGCAGUGGGCUUCAGUCUUUUCUCUGACUCAAAUUUCUAUUCUUUUUCAUUCUCUGGUUUUAACGUUUUGUAGGUGACGCUUUGAGCUUUGGCUUUCGGCUUAGAUCUCUCUUUCGUUCUCUCUCUUAAUUUUGAAGGAGAGAGGAUCAGAUCGGGGCGGAGGGUUGGAGGCCGUCUGAUGUGCGGACUUUGACUCGGCCGUGAUCCGAUACCACGUCGGCGGUGAAACAGUGACGCUGAGAGAGAGUGGAGGAGUUUAGAGAUGGGACAGUGUUAUGGGAAGACCAUUCCGACAACUGAUAAUGGCGUUAUUCCGACCACCAUCACCACCACCGUCCCUUCGCAGUCUACGCCUGACUACGGUGGCGAUCCAUCUCAUUUUCCCUCUGGGAGUGGAGGAGGAAACGGCGUAGCUAACGUGAGGGCUACUACGCCGACAACGCCGGCGAGGACUUCGUACCCUAGCCCUUGGCCGAGUCCGUAUCCACAGGGAGCUGGUGCGAGUCCUCUGCCUGUCGGUGUUUCACCGUCGCCGGCUAGGGCUUCGACGCCGGGGAGGUUUUUUAAGCGGAGGUUUGCUCCGCCGUCGCCGGCCAAGCACAUCAAGGCCUCGUUGGCGAAGCGAUUUGGGUAUACGAAGCCGAAGGAGGGCCCGAUCCCGGAGGAGAGGGGGACGGAGCCGGAGCAGUUGCUGGAUAAAAGCUUUGGAUAUGGGAAGAAUUUUGGGGCGAAGUAUGAGUUAGGGAAGGAGGUUGGGAGAGGGCAUUUUGGUCAUACUUGCUCUGCUAAAGGGAAGAAAGGUGAGCUCAAAGAUCAACCGGUUGCCGUCAAGAUCAUCUCUAAAGCGAAGAUGACGACAGCAAUAUCAAUUGAAGAUGUUCGGAGAGAGGUGAAAAUACUGAAGUCUUUAUCUGGGCAUAGGCACCUUGUAAAAUUUCAUGAUGCAUGUGAGGAUGCCAAUAACGUUUACAUAGUCAUGGAGUUAUGUGAAGGUGGGGAACUUCUAGACAGAAUUUUGUCAAGAGGAGGAAGAUACCCAGAGGAAGAUGCCAAAAGUAUAAUUGUUCAGAUUUUAAGUGUAGUUGCGUUUUGUCAUCUUCAAGGCGUUGUGCAUCGUGACUUAAAGCCUGAGAAUUUCUUAUUUACUUCUAGAAGUGAAGAUGCUGAUAUGAAGCUCAUUGACUUUGGUCUUUCAGACUUUGUUAGACCAGAUGAGAGACUUAACGAUAUUGUUGGAAGUGCUUAUUAUGUUGCACCUGAAGUGCUUCAUAGAUCUUACACUCUGGAAGCAGAUAUAUGGAGCAUUGGGGUUAUUACCUAUAUUUUAUUAUGUGGAAGUCGGCCAUUUUGGGCUAGAACGGAAUCAGGAAUAUUCCGUGCAGUGUUGAGAGCAGAUCCUAAUUUUGAGGAUCUACCAUGGCCUUCAGCGUCUCCAGAGGCAAAAGACUUCGUGAAAAGGCUCCUCAACAAAGAUUAUAGAAAGAGAAUGACUGCAGUCCAGGCGCUUACUCACCCAUGGUUGCGGGAUGAUACACGUCGUAUACCUUUAGAUAUAUUGAUCUAUAAGUUGGUGAAGUUGUACCUGAAUGCUACUCCUUUCAAACGUGCAGCAAUGAAGGCUCUCUCAAAAGCUUUGACAGAAAACGAACUCUUUUAUCUUAGAGCUCAGUUCGCGUUGUUGGAACCAAAUCAAGAUGGGCGAGUUGGGCUUGAUAACUUCAAAAUGGCUCUAAAGCGGAACGCAACAGAUGCUAUGAGGGAGUCGAGGGUUCAUGAAAUUGUAAAUUUGCUAGAGCCUCUUGCCUUCAGAAGAAUGGACUUCGAGGAGUUCUGUGCUGCUGCAAUCAGUACCCAUCAAUUGGAAGCUCUUGACCAGUGGGAGCAGAUAGCUUGCGUGGCCUUCGAGCAUUUCGAGCGCGAGGGAAACCGGGUGAUAUCAGUUGAAGAAUUAGCUAGGGAAUUGAACCUCGGUUCGACAGCAUACUCGAUCCUCAAAGAAUGGAUUAGAGGAGAUGGAAAGCUUAGUUUUCUUGGGUAUACAAAGUUCUUACAUGGUGUCACCCUACGUAGCUCAAAUACGAGACACCAUUAGUCUUUCUUUCUUCCCUUUUUUUCUUCUUUUUUGAAGUCUUCAUUAUAUAUUCAGUUAAAAGUUGGGAGUUCAAGAUUGUAGGGGCACUUCAGAUUCUUUUUUCCCUCUUUGGGGGGUGGAAAUGUGUAUAAAAUUGAAUGUUUAGUGAAGGCAAUUGCAAGGGAUUGUUGAGUCCACAUAAUAUAUCACCAAAAGCUAUCAAUGCUUCACAGUCUC